AUGCCACAUGAUCCAUCUGGAAAUAUAUGGUAACCUUCUUAACAUAACUAACAACUUGAGGAGUUUAAACAAAUUUUACAAUUUGGUUAGCAUUAAUCACAUUUGUAAAUGUUUUCAAAAUAUUUAUAGAAUCCAUUUUAGGUAUUACACACUUUGCAAGACCCAUCUGGAAAUAAUGAGUAGCCUAUAGAACAUUCCUAGCAAUUAGUAGAAUCUUUACAUACUGAGCAGUUAGAUUAGCACUAACCACAUCUAUCAACAUUCAAAAAAUAUUUAUAAAAUCCAUUUUAUGUAUCACAUAUUUAGCAAGACCUAUCUGGAAAUAAAGAAUAACCUUUAGAACAUACCUAACAAUUAGUAGUAUCUUUGCAAACUGAGCAAUUAGAUGAGCAUUAACCGCAUCUGUCAACUUUCAAAAAAUAUUUAUAAAACCCAUUUUAUGUAUCACAUGUUUUGCAUGACCCGUCUGCAUAUAGAUAAUAACCUGUUUAACACUGUUGA